AUGGAUGGUUUCCAGGAGUUUCCGUGGGGCUGGAGUUGGCAGGUUCGGAGGAAGCCGGACCGGGGGGGCUGCAGCCCCGGCCGGGACCCCGCGGGCCAGGGAUGCCCGGAGCUCAUUCAACCCGCCAGCCUCGCCGACGAGAAGGGGCCGGGGCCGGAGCAGAGAAGAAGCCGCACCAUGAAGUUUUCCCGGGACUGUGUCUGCGACCGUGCCCGCCCCGGCCGCCGCCGGCCGCCCGCCCUCGGCGCCGCGCUGCUGCAGCCGCUGCUGCCGCUGCUGCUGGUGCUGCUGGUGCCGCGGGCCGCCGCCGCCCCGCUGUCCAACGCAGACUCCUCGGGGGAGGCCGAGCUGGAGGAGGCGGCGGAGAGGCGGGCGGCGCUGCCCGACAGCCUGCGGCUGGCGCGGCUGCUGCACGCCCGGGCGGCACAGCUGCGGGACGAGAUGUGCGAGAAGUUUACCGUCUGCCAGAAUAGCAUGGAAAUGCUCCUCCACAACAACCUCAACCUCCCCAAGGUGACGGAGGAAGAUGGGUGUCUGCUCGCCGGCUUUAAUGAGGAUAAAUGCUUGAGAAAAAUCUCCAGUGGGCUUUAUACAUUUCAGACAUACCUCAAAUACAUACAAGAAACUUUUAUUAGUGAAAACCAAAAUGUUGAAUCGCUAUCCUAUAGUACAGAGCACCUGGCACGUACCCUAAGACAGAUGGUGAUCAAUCCCGAAGAAGUGAUCAUCCCAGAUGCAGCUACCCAGGAAUCCCUCCACACAAAGCUGAAGUCCAUUAAGGCCUGGACAGAGAAAAUCACCAUCCAUCUCAUCCUCCGAGAUUUUACUUCAUUUAUGGAGAAGACAGUGAGGGCCGUACGCUAUUUGAAAAACACCAGGAGUUUCAGUGUUUGAAUGUUUUAGUUCAGGCACAAUCCU